GUGAACGUGAGUAUCAUCAAGCAUUGCCUUGGAGACCGGAUAUUUUUUUUAUUAAAAAUAAUAGUUCAAACUGUGUCGAGUUCAGAUAAAAUUCGGUAGUUUUGUGACAUAAUUUCAAGAAUUUAUCUGCACUUGAUUAUAAUUGCCAAUCAAUAUGAAGAUCGAAGAAGUUAAAAGCACGGUAAAAACGCAGCGAAUUGCAGCCCAUAGCCAUGUGAAAGGACUUGGGUUAGACGAGAACGGAUUGCCACUCCAAAUGGCUGCAGGAUUGGUCGGACAAAAGAACGCGCGUGAGGCGGCUGGCGUUGUAGUGGAUCUAAUAAAAACGAAAAAAAUGUCCGGUCGAGCGCUGCUCCUAGCAGGUCCGCCCGGGACUGGAAAAACGGCUAUUGCUUUGGCUAUAGCUCAAGAGUUGGGUAAUAAGGUACCCUUCUGUCCUAUGGUCGGUUCGGAGGUUUUCAGCAGCGAAAUAAAAAAGACGGAAGUGUUGAUGGAAAAUUUUCGUCGAUCGAUCGGUUUGCGUAUUCGAGAAACGAAGGAAGUGUACGAGGGAGAGGUGACAGAGCUGACGCCGGUUGAAACGGAAAAUCCUUUGGGUGGUUAUGGAAAGACCAUUAGUAACGUGGUUAUUGGUUUGAAAACGGCAAAGGGAACAAAGCAGCUUAAGCUGGAUCCCAGCAUUUAUGAAUCCCUGCAAAGGGAAAAGGUUGACGUUGGAGACGUUAUUUACAUAGAAGCUAAUAGCGGAGCGGUGAAAAGACAAGGACGAAGUGAUACUUUUGCUACAGAGUUUGAUUUGGAGACGGAGGAAUAUGUUCCACUUCCUAAAGGGGACGUGCACAAGAAGAAAGAAGUAAUCCAAGACGUUACUCUUCAUGACUUGGAUGUCGCCAAUGCGCGUCCCCAAGGAGGUCAGGAUGUUUUGUCUAUGGUUGGUCAAAUUAUGAAACCGAAAAAAACUGAAAUCACCGACAAGCUGCGCAUGGAAAUUAACAAGGUGGUUAAUAAGUACAUAGAUCAAGGGAUUGCAGAACUUGUUCCGGGAGUUUUGUUUAUAGACGAAGUUCAUAUGCUUGAUCUCGAGUGUUUCACAUAUUUACACAAAUCGUUGGAGUCGGCCAUUGCACCUAUCGUAAUUUUUGCUACCAAUCGCGGGCGAUGUGUUAUUCGUGGUACUGAUGAUAUUGUAUCUCCGCACGGGAUCCCGUUGGACUUGCUGGACCGUUUGCUUAUUGUACGAACCGCACCAUACAAUCUGUCGGAAAUUGAACAAAUUAUCCGGCUGCGAGCACAAACUGAAGGCCUCAACAUUGAAGAUGCUGCGAUUCAAACUCUUAGCGAGAUUGGCGCAAACACUACAUUGCGGUACGCUGUUCAGCUUAUGACGCCGGGGAAUCAGACCUGUAAGGUCAACGGGCGAACGCAGAUUACAAAAGAUGAUAUAAUGGAUGUCCAUUCACUGUUUCUGGAUGCGAAACGAUCAGCUAAAUACCUACAGGAGGAAAAUACAAAAUAUAUGAUGUAGAUCGUUUGUGUUGCUAAUAAAUUAGUUUGAGAAGAAAUAUUUUCCCCUCUGCAUUGAGCACUUCUUUUGGUGUAUGACUCUUCUUGACAUUUGUGAGCACAUGCUGAUGGCAGAGGUAUUUGUCUUAAGUGGCAUUACUGAAUAAAUAUUCCAAACAAUGUUA